AUGCCUACUGAAAACUUCAUAGAGCAGCUAAACCAAACGCUAACUAUAUCGAUGUAUUCAGUUAAUGAUACAACUACAGCACUAGUAGGUGUAUCAGUCUACGUCAGCCCUAUAGUACUGGACUUUUUCCUGACCUUUAACCUUUUGAUCUGUGGGAACAUCAUCGGAAUUUUGGGAAUCUCCGGAAACAUCAUCAACAUCAUCGUCUUUUGCAAGCAGGGCUAUGAGGACAGCGUCAAUAUAACUUUAACUGCUCUGGCUGUCAGUGAUAUCGGGGCGUUGGUCACUGUGUUGAUGGUCAAUGUCAUGGUCAACCCGUGGUUUACGAAGGCGAGUUUACCAAUCGUGGCAAUAGACUUCGCUUCGCUGUUGGGGUUUUACCCACACAAUUAUUUCAUCCGUGUGUGUGGGUUGAUCACAGCCUUCGCGUCGUGUGAGAGAUGUCUGUGUGUUUUGGUGCCCCUUAAAGUCAAACAAAUUGUCACCAAAAGAUUUUCAGUUACUGUCAACGUGCUUAUAUUUAUCAUCAUGCUAUUGGAUCUGUUUCCUAUUUAUUACGUUGUUUAUCUAGAUUGGAUGUUUGUUCCAGGGUUGAAUAAGACGAUUAUUGCUGCAUCAGUUCGAGAAAAUCCGUACAAUAUUUUUGGUAUUUCCUAUUUUGUGACGGAUCUUUUCCUUCCGUAUUUUACUUUUUUUGUGAUAAUUUUUAAUAACAUCACCAUCGGCCUAAAACUUAAUUCAAGAUCAAAAUGGAUACAAUCGGUCUCUCAGAAACCUUCAAACAAAGAGAAGUUCGUGUCUAACAAAGAGAAAAAAGUUGUCCUGAUGUUGACUGUCGUCUCUGUCAUCUUCAUCGUCUGCCUCAUUCCUCAGUCAGCAAUCCUGACAGCUGUCAGUCAGGUGUCAGGGUUGAUGCACGGAGGAAAUUACUUUGACGUGUCGUUGUUGUGCUACAGUAUCUCAUACCUGAUGGAGGCCGUGUGUUCUAGCGUCAACAUCCUGGUCUACUACAAGAUGAGCAGUAAAUACAGGAAGGUGCUUCAGAGUAUUUGUAUUACUCACUAA